GCACGGCUUAAAGAACAACACAUGCUCGGCCGAAGCAAUGAGAAGCAAUGGAAGAGGCAAGAAGAAUCAAUCACUCUAAGAGCGCACACUAACUAAGCACAAGCCAAUUGCGAUACACACCUUCAUACCAUCAACCCAUUCGCAAAAAUGUCUCUACGGGUGCCCAAGGCGGGCAUGCCUCUUUUCAAAGAUGGCUACAAGACAAUGUCAGGUAUAGAAGAUGCAGUUUUGCGAAAUAUCCAGGCUGUGAAUGAAUUAUCGGAUAUGGUAAGAACUUCAUUCGGACCCAAUGGCAGAAACAAGAUGAUUGUCAAUCAUUUGGAACGAUUGUUCAUCACUUCAGAUGCUGCUACAAUUAUCAGGGAAACAGAAAUCGUACACCCCGCCGCAAAGCUUCUGGUGAUGGCAAGUCAACAACAAGAAGCAGAAAUGGGAGAUGCAACAAAUUUGGUGCUGAUCUUGGCAGGUGAACUUCUUAAACAAGCAGAGCCAUUGAUCAAUAUGGGUCUGCAUCCCUCGGAAAUCAUUCAAGGAUAUGAACUUGCUCGGGAUCGUGCAUUGAAGGAAAUCGAAACAUUGUCCGUUGCAACAUUGAGUAAUCCCCCAGCAACCGAUUCUCUCGCCCUUGCCUUACGACCAUCAAUCGCCUCAAAACAAUACGGACAAGAUGAAAUCUUGGCUCCUCUAGUUGCACAAGCUGUCAAUCUAGUCUUGCCUACAUCUUCCUCCGGUUCAUCCAAUCUGAAGGAAUUCAAUGUUGACAAUAUCCGUAUCGUGAAGAUUAUGGGUGGAUCGCUUUCUGCUUCUCGUGUCGUUCGAGGUAUGAUCUUUGCACGCGAACCAGAAGGCAUCAUCAAACGUUUGCCAGAGGGAGGAAAAGUUGCAGUCUUUACAUGUGGUCUCGAUAUCAGUCAAACGGAAACGAAGGGCACUGUCCUCCUCCACAAUGCCAAAGAGCUAAGUACAUUCUCCGGAGGCGAAGAAGCACAACUCUCUGCCAUUAUCAAGGAGAUCGCAGAUUCCGGAGUAAAGGUGAUUGUGACACAAAGCAGUGUGGGUGAAUUGGCUUUGCAUUAUUGCAACAGGUACAACAUUGCCGUCAUGAAAAUUUUGAGCAAGUUCGAGAUCAGACGGUUGUGCAGACUUUUGGGAGCAACACCUUUAGCUCGUGUCGGUGCACCAACACCGGAAGAAGCAGGGUGGAUUGACGUGGUAGAAACAACAGAGGUGGGAGGAGAUCGUGUCACAGUGUUCAGACAAGAGGAUGGCAAACCCGGCGGUCAAGCAAGACCAAAGAUGGCAACAAUCGUUUUACGUGGGGCCACUUCUAAUCAUUUGGACGAUGUGGAACGCGCUAUUGAUGAUGGUGUGAAUGUGAUCAAAUCUUUGACAAAGGAUGACAGACUCAUUCCUGGAGCAGGUGCAUCCGAGGUGGAAUUGGCAAGACGCAUUUUCGACUAUGGAGAGAAAACUAGCGGUCUAAAUCAACAUGCAAUCAAAAAGUUCGCAGAAGCAUUGGAAGUUGUACCCCGUACUUUAGCCGAGAAUGCCGGACUUGAUCCAACAGAAGUCGUGGGAACACUCGUUGCCCGACAUGCAAGCGGACAAUGUGCCGAUAUCGGUGUUGAUAUUGAACAAAAGACGUCUGAUUCCACCAUUUCAACAACCUCUGAACAGGUGUUUGACGUUUUGGCGGCUAAAUUGUGGGCGAUUCGAUAUGCAGCAGGUGCUGCAAUCAGUGUUUUGAACAUCGAUUCGAUCAUCAUGUCCAAACCAGCUGGAAUAAAGGCACCUCAAGCCAACCCAAAUUGGGAUGAUGAUUGAUGUACAUUAGCUCGUAAUAAAUACGCUUUCCCUGAUUGU